CUGCGACUGACUGCGACUGACUCCACCCGCCGCUUCUUGAAGCUUUUCCACUCCUUCGCGCUCUCACAUGGUCACGAUCCGAGGGACCACUUCGACAUGGCAACGCCGCACCUGAAUCCUUCGUCAGAUCUCGUCCAGCUCCUGUCAUCUCUAGGCCUCAGCACCGAGCAGGAUAAUGGUCAGGCAGCUGCUCAGCCUCUAGGGCCAGACCCACUAGUAGUGGCAAGAGGUCGCCUCACUAAGCUAAAGGCAGACAUCGAUGCCCUUGCGCCUCUAGUCAAGGGCCUCGUCGAUGAUCAAGUCAGCCCAGAUUGCCAGAUUGCCCUCCGCCUUGAUCCUCCCGUAACGUCAUCAUCCCACUCUGAGUCGCCGCCCUUUCUUCGUCUAUCUCCGGGACAAACAUGGCAGUCAAUAGCAGCAACAGCAGCAGCAGCAGCAGCAAUGCCAUCUCCCAGACCAGCGUCGUAUAUGCCCUUUGAAACGACGGCACAGGCCGUAUCGUACCUUCAAAACCUCCUGGCCCGCCUCACUCAGCACUUCGAGUCGCUGCGGUCCACUCUCGUCGCAGAGGCGCAAGAGAGGAUCAAGCAGACCUUGGCUGCGGCAUCAAAGGACCCAGCCGCUGCUUUGAUGGGGGCUUCGUCAGAUCGACAAAUCGUAGACGAGGAUGGGAGGAUACUCAAUGAAGAAGGCUUGCCCUUCGUCGAUCCCAUGGAAACAAUUCAAGAGACACCUUCCAGCACCAUUUCAGCCCAAAGUCAGCUGGCUGCCGUCGAGGCUUUCAAGCCGCAGAAUGCACUUGAGGGCGAGGACAGAAAGAAGUGGAUCGACAGCGUCUUUAGUCGAUUCGAAGGAAUGACCGAGGACCAAGAGGACGAAGAGGGAGAGGCCCGAGAGACAGCCAGCGAACAGACUGCGGCGCCGCAUCAAGAGGCACAGCGUACGCGCUCACCAACACCGAAGCCUUCUCAGUCAAAACCGCUCAAGUCUGUGCUCAAAGCAAGCCCUGUCCCGCCUUUGACGACGUCGUCCAAAUUCGGCCACCAAGGCAUCAGACGAGGCUUCCUCAACAUGAAUCCAUCUAGCCCUGCAGCCGCCUCGUCCUCCGACCCCCUCGACAAGCGCUUCGACGAAGGAUCGCCGACUCCCAUGCCGCGUUCUAUGAGCCAGAGCGAGGGUUCAGCGCGCGAGGAUGAGGCCAACGUCGAGGCAAUGACCCGCAGCAUGCAAGGACUUGAUAAUUACGGGGCACCUGCGGCUCAUGCCGCCAAGAGCAAGAAGAAGAGCGUCAGGAUCCAAAGUCCAGAGCGAGGUCGCAAGAGAGGGGCGAAAGAAGAAGAGGCAGCACCAGCAUCAGCGAGCUUGAAGGCUUUCUCAGCGGCACCUGCCGAUCCUGCUACAGCAGCUGCCGAUCCAGACGCUGGCGUUGAAGACGAAGCGGCUCGCAUUGUUGACUUGCUUGGUCCUGAGAUCGUCUCGGGGACCGAUCGCGGCGAAGACGCCUUACGGGGGCUAAGAGAGGAGCAGACGCAAGCUGAAGAGAUGGCAAGGAAACAGGUUCAGCAGAUUCAGAGGAAAAGGCAGCAGCAAGAGGAGAACAAGGCGAAGGGCCCUGCAGUUGGGCUUUCCGUUCUCGAGAGACCUCGUGAGGCAGCAGCGAGCACCAGCGAUUCGUCGAGUACGGCCACUGCGCUCAAUGCCGCCAAACAAGCCGCUUUCAAGCGCGGCUUCCUCAAUCGUCCCCCUCCUUCCUCAAAGACGGCGGCAGCGAACAUGCCAAGUCCUCGUCCUCCCGUUGCGACGGGGCCUCGUCAGUCUCUUGGCAUGUCUGCCUUGGACCGGUCCCUGAUCUCGGACGGACCCCUCGAAGCUGAGCGGGAGUUGCAGGGCCUGCCAUCUGCCGUCCCGCACGCCAGGCCUAGCAAAGCGUAUCGCGAAAAGCUUGAGAGGAGCAGUCAGGGCCUGAAAGCGCAAGAAGGCAGAGGUCAUGGAGGUGCUAGAACGAGGACAGGCCUCGAUGGUCAGGUCGUCGUCGGGACGGGCAAGGAGGGGUCUGGUGGCGAUGAAAACGCCGAAGGCAAAGGCGUGCGCUUUCAGCUGGACAGCUCUGCCAUGGAAGAAGACGAUGACGGUGACAAGCAAGAGGAAGACGACUUCGCGGAGCUACUCGAAGGCGACACGGCCGAGCUCGAGCUGGACGAGCACGACGAAGAAGCCUACGCCCGCUCAGCCUACGCUUCAGGUGAUCUUAUUGAUGAAGACGGCGCAGAUGACGAAGCGGACGAGGACGGUGCCCAUGACUCAGACUGGUCGCUGGACUCGUAUGAGCACUACUCUGCAUCAGACCUUGCAGACCUUGAGCCCACCUUCUCUGGGCUCGUCUCUGACCUCGAGAACGCCGAGCUUGCUCGUGAGUACGCUUUAGCUCAGGCGAAGCAGAUGGCUGAGCGGCAGGAGAUGAGCGAAGAGAGAAGGAAGGAGCUCGCUAUGGCUAUCAGCGGGGAGAGGAUGAGAGAGGAGGAGCGAAUGGCGCGUGGGGACGAUGGUGGAGAGCUGUGGAGAGAAGACGAAAUUGAUGGGCGCGACUUGGUCUCUUCGAUGGGCUUUGAGGACGAGGAGAUCAAGAAGCAGCGCAGCGUGGAUCCGCCGAAUCGGAUGAGCAGGUUCAAGGCGUCGAGGAUCGUCCAGGCUCUUGGGAUGGGAGCGGAUGGCGUGGCCAACCAGACGGACUCGAACAGGCCCAGCGCUGGAUUCAGGGACCGAGGGACCGAACGUGACCGUCGUGCCGAUGAGGCGGGCCACGAGCUGGCUCACCUGCUCGAGGGAGCGACCAAUGCUGGACCAGAGCCAUCGGCUGGGCCGAGCAGUACGAGCAACCGUCAGCCAAAAGAAGGCGCACCGUCACCGGUCAUGAUCCUGCCUUCGCUCACGCCUCUGCGCUACCCUCGGUCAGCAACGUCAUCGUCGACGCCAGCGCGCUCUAGCCACCUUAGAGAAGGCGAUCGCCUGCCCCGUGAAGGGGUCGAUCUCGAAGGCGAAACGGACGAGGACGAGAAGGAUGACGAGCUCAUGAACGUGAUGCGGGUGCGCCUCGAAGAGAAGCAGCAUCGCGAGGAGCAGAGGGCAAAUGCAGCGACAGCCGACCCGUCGGAUCAAGCAGCCAAGCGAAAUCCGCCUCGACCUCCGCCCCUCCGGUCUCGCUGGAACGGCAUUGACGAAGACGACAGGCCAAACAGGAGUGGCGUGGCAAUGGCUGCUCCUCCCAGCAUUGGAGGGCGGAGUGGCAGCUCCCUGGCAAAGAAGCGUGAGCUGCCCGUCUCCUCUGGAGGCAGUGGCACAGACCUUGAGCCACAGGCGCCACCAUCUCUCAUGCCCGCAGCGCCCGCAGCACCGCAGAAUGCUGCUUCAGCGCCGAAGAUGUCGAGGUUCAAGGCAGCUCGAAUGGCAGCGGCUGCAGCUGAUCAGUAGGCGUGAGAAGGCGCGAUGUCAUGAUAAUGUGAUAUUGGCUUUCCUUCGGCGAAGCCCUUUUGCAUGCUGUCUUGCAUCCCUGUGUCCCUUCUGCCUCAUACCCCUCUAGCCACUCUCAUUAACAGAUCUGUCCUCCUCCUCGAGUCUGCAAAUGUCGCCCUGAUGAGCCCCUUCGCCUCCUCGCGACUGACGUACCAUGGCGAGCCGCCACCACCGGCCGU